AUGGAAACUGAUCACUCUCCCCGGAAACCCAACCCUGGGUCCACCCACAAUUUUGCUAGCUCACACUCUGUGGACCACCGUAAAUUUGCUAUGGAAGUGGGUCGCCGAACCCAAUUCGAAGAUGAUGGCGUAUUCUCGCAUCUCCGUCUGGACAUGUACAAAACGAAGGGCGGAGCGCAUGCGAACAAUAUAGAAGACCUUGUCAAGAAAUAUCCUAUCGAAAACGCAGGAGCUCUCACUUCCCUCAGAGAGCUAGCUGCGUCCUCUUCUGCCAGUGCCAAGGAACGACUAAUGUAUCCGCACCUCUUACAGCUCUUCCAGUACGCUCUGACAUCUCUCGGUAAUAAUGAAUUAGGCCGCGCUGUAGUAGAGGAACAAGAACUGCGACCUGAUAUCGAUGUUGCUGGUUUCUCCCUAGUGAAGCCGGACUUCACCAUCGUCGACCACGGCAAAGAGAACUCGAAUUUGUGGCGUCACAGAGCGGUGUUUGUUGAGGUGAAGACCUCGGAAGGGGAGAAUCCGAAGGUCACCCCAACGGGUGUGUCGCGUAUCCUCGCGCAAGCUGCCACCUAUGCACGCCUGCAUAUGUCAGCUAGACCCUUUCAACUCUUCUCCGUGGGUUUGCUUAUUUGGGGAACCCACUUCUGCGUCGCGAUAUUUGAUCGUGGCAGCGUUCGUCUCUCUCCCGCCAAGUCCAUAAUAUAUGAUUGCGAGACCUUCAUUGCAGUGGUACGAAACUUGGGGCACGUUUUGUCGGACAUCGAGUUGGGCCAGGACCCGACGGUCAUUCGACUGGAUGAAGAGGAGACUCGGCGUCUCACUGGAGACCAAAGCUCAAGCGUGUAUCCAUCCUACGUCAUUAAACCGUUUUGCGGAAAGGAUAGCCGAUGGUGGUGCACAGUCGGGCCUAUGAUCUGGAGCUCGGUGUCACUCUUUGGCCGUGGAACUCUCGUCUUCCGUGUACGGGAAUACAAGUCCAUGGAUAUCCAGAAUCACCGACUGGAUGCUAGUCUCGGUGAGGCCACUGUUGUGAUGAAGACUGCAUGGAGAGACAGUGGCCGCAAUUCUGAAUCAGAGAUCUAUGGAGCUGUUCGAGGAGGCCAUCCGGCUUUGGCUAGCCACAUCUUUGGUGAAGAUGUUCUUGAUGCAGACGGGAAUUCAACCGAAGUCCGCCAAGUUCCAGGUGGACAGGAAGGACAGGAAACCAAGAUACUCCACAGGCUCUUCAUAAGUACCCUUGGCCGACCGAUCUGGGAGUAUGAAACCGAGCUGGAGCUUCUGAAAGGGUUUCUGGCAGCUUUGAGUGCACACGAAUGGCUCUCCACGAAGAAGAAACUCCUGCAUCGUGAUAUCAGUGCCGGGAAUAUCCUCCUCGCUGCCGACUUCAGGAAUGCACCUUCGGGUGCAGAGGGCUUCCUGUGCGAUCUGGAGUACGCACGUGUGAACGAACUGCCCAAGGAUGUGACGGAAGUCCGCCGAGUUGCCCCCGUCCUGAGGGGUCGUUACGCCAGUGGCAACCCUCACUAUACUGACUGGGACACAUCUAUGAAGAUAACUUUCGGUUACACCACCGCAAAACGUGGCGCAGAUUUGACGGGAACAUUGCAAUUCAUGUCCCUCAGAAUAUUGAAAGCUAUAGAUGAAAAUCAAGCUCAGCCUAGCCAAGGCAUCGCGGAUGAUAUCGAGUCUUUCAUCUACGUUCUAGGUUACGCUGUUCUAAUGAAGAUAACACGGCAGACGAAGUGGGACACCAGCAAGCGGAAGUACUGGCAAGACACGUUCGAUGCCGCAUUUGGGAAGAUUGACCAUAAGGAUAUCGUAAAGGCUAGGGUGUCCAUAGCACCCCUGGAAUGGGCCCAAAAAGCAGGCACUGACUUCGAGUUGGAGGAGAUAGGAAUGUCACGUCCUUUCUUCAAUAUCCUCCUGAGGUUAUUCAUUCUCCUUCAAGAUGUGCACAGAACACAAGUACGGGGGAACAUCGGGAAAAACCCCUAUGUGGACGACACUGUUAGAUCGGAAGUCUCCAGUCAACCUGAGAUCAUGUUGGGAUACAGAGAGUUCCGCGAGAUUUUGGAGCAGGGGAUCACUAAACUGGAACUCAGGGAGUAG